CAGCCCCGGUGGGGAUUACCCCAGGCGCCGUCCUGUCCCCGGAGGAGGCAGAGUCCGCCGAGGAGACGCGCGUGCGCGUGCGCCCGGGCCGUCCCUCCGGGCUGGGAGGGGGCCUCCCGCUCCACCCCAACUUUCUGCGCUGGGUCUUCGUUUUCUAAAGGCCCGAUGGCCGUUCCGGAGAGACGACUCCGGAGGCGAGGCCCGGAGGUCCCCGCCCUGUCCGGCCAGUUCUCCCACACGGGCCGAGAUGCGGGUGGCCGGCGGGCUUGCUGACCGCACCCGCGACUGGGGGGGCCGGGACCUCUGGAUCGCCGGCGUCGGCCCCGCGCCGCUGUCGUGAGUAGGGGCGCAUGGCCGGGCCCGAGCUACCUUUCCUCCUUGCAGGCCCUGGCGGCCCCGCAGCCAUGCCGACCUGCGGGGCGGCUCCUGAGGCCCCCGACCGCUUUGCCGUGUCUGCGGAAGCCGAGGCGACGGUGUGGGAGCAGCAGCCCCACGUGCAGCGCAUCUUCCGCGUGAGCGUGAGCGUCCUCCCGAAGGACUGUCUCGAGAACCCUCAUAUCUGGCUGCAGCUCGAGGGGCCCAAGGAGAACGUCUGCAGGGCCAAGGAAUUUCUCAAGGGUCUCUGCAGUCCAGAGCUGCAGAACGAACUCCACUAUCCCCCAGAACUGCACUGUAUCUUCGUGGGAGCCCAGGGCUUCUUCCUUGAGUGCCUCGCCUGGAGCACAGCUGCCCAUCUGGUGCCUGGUGUGCCUGGAACACUGAGGGUCAGCGGCCUGACCGAGGCCUUCGUCAUGGCUCAGAGCCGAGUGGAGGGCCUGGUGGAGCGGCUGAGCUGGGACCUUUGGCCGGGGCCACCCCCUGGCACGCCUCAGUGUGCUGCAGUGCUGAGGGACUUCUCUGCACUGAUCCAGUCACGGGCUGAUGUCCAUAGAGAGGCUUUGUUGCAGCUGCCUCUGGCUGUCCAGGAGGAACUGCUGAGCCUGGCUCACGAGGCAUCCCGGGGGCGGGGACCACAGGGCUCUCCCUCCUGGGAGCUGGGGAGCCCAGAAGUGCUGGAUGCUCAGUCUCUGGGAGUCAGAGCUCCCUGGGAAGCAGCUGGGGAGCCCCGAGACACUGGGCCUCCAGGGCAGCGAGAUGCGUGCGCAGAAGGAUGGGCUGUGGGGGACCAGGGGAAGCAGAGUGGCCCCGGGGAAGGCUGGACGGAGCUGCAUUGGGAUGAGGUCCAGUGGAAGCAAACGGCCUUGAGGCCCCAGUCGGCACAGCCCCCGAAAGGGAAGGCCCUGGGGAAGAAGGGGGCUCUUCCGGAGGGGGGUGUGGUGUGUGUCCAGGCUGAGCCCCCUGGUGUCCCAGGGCCCGGUCUGCGGACAGCUCAGUCCCGGGGAGCCUCCCUCCACCAGCGUCUGCACAACGGGAAAGCCGCACCGCCCAGAGUGCCCAGCCCCCUGCCAACCCCUGAGCCUCUGUGGCACACUGCGGACCGAGGGGACCAAGGGGACCGGGGAGACAGGCAGCAGGGCGGGUCUCGAGGUCGGGGAUCUGCCUGGAAAGGUACGCGAGGGGGCAACUUGGUGACCGGCACUCAGCGUUUCCAAGAGGCUCUGCAGAACCCCUUCACCCUGUGCCUUGCCAAUGUGCCCGGCCAGCCAGACCUCCGCCAUAUUGUCAUUGAUGGCAGCAACGUGGCCAUGGUCCAUGGCCUCCAGCACUACUUCUCCAGCCGGGGCAUCGCCAUUGCUGUGCAGUACUUCUGGGACCGGGGCCAUCGGGACAUUACCGUGUUUGUGCCUCAGUGGCGCUUCAGUAAGGACUCCAAAGUCAGAGAGGGACACUUUCUGCAAAAGCUGUACUCCCUCAGCUUGCUCUCUCUCACUCCCUCCCGGGUUGUGGAAGGCAAGAGGAUCUCCUCCUAUGACGACAGGUUCAUGGUGAAGCUGGCUGAAGAAACGGACGGCAUCAUUGUCUCCAAUGACCAGUUCCGGGACCUGGCAGAGGAGUCUGACAAGUGGAUGGCCAUCAUCAGAGAGCGUCUGCUUCCCUUCACCUUUGUGGGCAAUCUCUUCAUGGUCCCGGAUGACCCGUUAGGGCGAAACGGCCCCACACUGGAGGAUUUUCUGAAGAAACCAGUCAGGACACAGGGGUCUGCUAAAGCUCAAAAUCCGGCCAGGGGCCUCCCAGAACAUGGCCCUCCACGGCCGGGGAAAGAAGAGGAAAAAGUCAGUGGCAUCCGGAAGAACCGGGAGACGGAGCGGCUUCGGAGGCAACUGCUCGAGGUGUUUUUGGGCCAAGACCACAAGGUGGACUUUGUCCUCCAGCGGGAGCCAUACUGCCGGGACAUCAACCAGCUCUCAGAGGCACUGCUCAGCCUGAACUUCUGAGUGCUGCCGCGCCUGGCCUCCCUCGUGCUGCUCAGACCCACACUGGUCCUGACUUGGUGCUUUGCCCGAGGGAGGCGCUCCAGUCCUCGCUAAGCGCCUU